CCUGAGGCCCCUGAUCCAACAACAGGAUUACUCUGAUAUCUGUGCUGCUGGGACCAGCGUGGAGAAGAUGAGGGUUCUGUUCACGGCCGUAGAUUCAGGCGGGGAAAAGGUGAAAUCUGCUUUUUAUACAAGAGUCUGAUGAGAGAAGAACCUGAUUUAGUCCGAGACAUGCUGAAAGCAGAACCUGAUCGAGUCAUAAAUCUACUGGGUGAAGAACUGGGUAUAUCUCCAAAAACAGAUGUUGUUGAUGAUGAUCCACCUGAUCAGUCUGGGAGUAACAGAGUUGAAAUGAUGGAGAUGCAACCUUUACUGGGUCCUGGAUCAGAGAUGGAGAGAGGAGCAAGACAGGCUGUUGAUGCUCUAGAAGACCAGGAGAGAGAGGAGGGAAGACCGGCUGUUGAUGCUCUAGAAGACCAGGAGAGAGAGGAGGGAAGACCGGCUGUUGAUGCUCUAGAAGACCAGGAGAGAGAGGAGGGAAGACCGGCUGUUGAUGCUCUAGAAGACCAGGAGAGAAGACAGGCUGUUGAUGCUCUAGAAGACCAGAGAGGAGGGAAGACCGGCUGUUGA